AUGCCGGUCAAGAUGUUAGUCUUUCUUUACCGCAGCCCUCACCUGACACCGGAAGAAUUCAAGAAACGCUACGAAGCGCACGUCAAACUCAUCAAGAAGCUGGCAGGCGGGGAUUUUCCUCUUUCUCAUCAUCGAAAUUACAUCUCCCGCAGUUCAAUCGAAAUUCCCCCGGAUGGCUCCACUGCACGCAAUGCCUUCACCCCGGCCACUAUACUGCGCGGGCGGCAGUCAGAUUUCGACUUUGACGCCUACGCUGAACUUACCUUUGCGGACCAGGCUGCCUACCAGGCCUUUGCGGCCAAGAUUUAUACCGCCGAAGCCGCUGCCCAGAUAACUGCUGACGAGGAUAAAUUUCUGGAUCGGUUGAAGAUGGGAAUUGCCUUGGUUGGGGAGGUGAGGGUUACUGUGAAAUGA